UGACAUCACGAGGCCUGGUUGGAAAGAGGAAGAAGAAAUAACAACAACAGCAGCUCUGCUGGGCGCGUGACAGCGAGAGAGAAAAUACGAGACAAGUUGAAUCCUGUUAAUUGCUAUAGAAUUUGUAAUAUCAGUUGCUGUUAUUAUUCAGCGCAAAUAUGUCUUUGUUGGGGAAGUUAUUUGGCGCUGGAGGUAAAGGUGGGAAAUCUGCUAGCCCUCAGGAGGCGAUCCAGCGACUUCGAGACACUGAGGAAAUGUUGACGAAGAAACAGGACUUUUUGGAGAAAAAGAUUGACCAGGAACUCAUCACUGCGAAGAAGAAUGGCACAAAAAAUAAAAGAGCUGCUCUGCAGGCAUUAAAACGGAAGAAGCGGUACGAGAAGCAGCUGGGCCAGAUCGAUGGCACGCUGUCCACCAUCGAGUUCCAGAGGGAGGCGCUAGAGAACGCCAACACCAACACCGAAGUGCUGAAAAACAUGGGCUUUGCUGCCAAGGCCAUGAAGGCAGCCCAUGAAAACAUGGACAUAGACAAAGUGGAUGACUUAAUGCAGGACAUUACAGAGCAGCAGGAGCUGGCACAAGAAAUCUCUGACGCUAUUUCUAAACCCGUAGGGUUCGGAGAGGAAUUUGAUGAAGAUGAUCUCUUGGCGGAAUUGGAAGAACUGGAACAAGAGGAACUAGACAAAAACCUGCUCGAAAUCGCAAGCACAGAGAAUGUACCGCUGCCAAAUGUACCCUCUACAUCCUUACCUGCAAGACCAGCAGUACAGAAGAAGCAAGAGGAAGACGAGGAUGACAUGAAGGAUUUGGAGGCAUGGGCCGCCAACUAGCCACUGCUGUUACUCCAUAGCUGCUAUAGGUGGAAAAGAAAGACUAUGGUUUAGUGUGAUGUGUUUUAGUAUUUGGGGAAUGAAUAGAAUAAACAGAGACUUAAAAAAAAAAAAGACUAAACAUCAGCUUGACAACCUUUCGCUUACUGUCAAGCUCAAUCUCCUAUAAUAGAGGGGCAAUGGCAUGUUGUACCUUUCACCACCAAAAGCCCCAAAUCUCUGGAGCAACCAAACAGAAAAGGGUCAUUUAAAAAUGUGUUUUUCUGUGCGUCCCUCACCUUGUUCUCAUCUGUAAAGCAUUGUUGCAUUUCUUCCUUCUCGUAGCCCACAAAAUAUAUUUUGAAGAGAAAGUAUAAAAAUGACUCCUCAAAACCUCUAUGUAGAAUUUCUAAUACCGUUAAUGUGUAGUGCAACAAGAUAUUACAAUAUCCUGUAUUCCUUUUUGUUGUUUAUGCACAAUAUCAGUAAUGUGUUCAAAUGGCAAUCAGCUGUUCUUGAAUCUGUUUGUAAAAAUAUGCACUUAAAAUACACCGAUUGCACAUGAUAUUUAUUAAUAUCAAUUUCCAGCUUGGAGAAUUUGAUUCCCAUUUGCAGGGCUGUUGGGUUUAAAUGAGCUUUUGGCUGGAUUUAUUGAACUGUAUCAUGAGUAUCCUUCCAGAUACUCUGGCUUUCACACAGGCAGAUAACUAUGAGGAAAACUCCACAUGGUGUCCUUGAAAUUCUUCUCUGCGUGAUGGUUCUUCACACUUUUCUGUAUCUUUUGAAGUGAAUGAAUCUAACCGAACCUACAACUAGUUACAUUUUGCAAACACAAUGACAAUUCUCUUGAAAUAUGUUUGUGCUAUAUCUGUUCUGGUUUGUGUAACUGAAGUGAGUGACAGUAUGCACACCUCUAUGAGGUUGUUUGUUAAUUUUCAUCUUUAAGAGACAUUAACACUAGAGGAGGUUUUAAAAAGUUGUUUAUUAGGGUUUUUGCUUUUCAGAGUUAUGUAUUUGUUUUGUUUAAAAAUAUGCUCUUGUGUAUAGGAAGAGAUAAUUGAUUGUAUUUAAACUCUAGGCAGUCGGGUCUAUUUAACAUCAUGGCUUUCUGAGUUUGUGAACUUACCCCACUAUUUUAUAGUUCACCGUGGUGCUUCAGAUGUUUUCAAAUUAAAAAUUAUUUUUUUCUGUCUAAAUUUAACUAAUGUGGUAUGACCGCAUUUGUUAUGUCUGACAUAGUCUGUGUGUUUGUAUAAGGGGCUGUUUUUUUGCAGUCUGGUUCCUAUUUUUUUUUGGUCUGUCUUCCUACCCUGCCUAUCACAACUUGCCCUUGUUCUAAUGGUAUGCCUAAAUUAAACCUUUUGACAAAUGUG